AUGAACUUCGGCGUUUGCGCAAAUUCGCUUCUGCUUUUCCGUGCGUGUGACGAGGGGGACUAUGAAACCGCUCGGAGCAUUCUGGAGCCUGGAGCCCCGAAAGAGCCCGACAUAUUGGGCUCCCUGGUGCCGGUGGACUGCACGGAUGAAGAGGGGAACACCGGCCUUCAGUUCGCCUCGGCCAGCGGGCAUGACACCCUGGUUCGCUUUCUGCUGAGGAAAGGAGCCUCCGUGGACAGCCGCAACAACUACGGCUGGACCCCGCUCAUGCAGGCGGCCAGGUUUGGUCACCUUUCUGUGGCUCACAUGCUUUUGGAGAAUGGCGCAGAAAUAAAUGGGCGUAACCGUUUGGGGGCAAGCGUUCUGGCGAUGGCGGCCCGCGGGGGACACACUCAUGUGGUUAAGCUCCUGCUGGAGACUGGGGCUUACGUCGAUGACUACGACCACCUUGCUGUGGCUGCAGACGUGGUCUCCAACGGCAACAACAACAACGGUGGGAGUGGUUUUGGAAGCAUCGAAGGCUGCAGUGGGGGCCGAGAGUUCAUGGACAUCACUCCCCUCAUGGUGGCGUCUCAGCACGGCCAUGAAGCCGUUGUGCGUCUGCUGCUCGAGUGGGGGUCUGACGUCAAUUUUUCUCAGAAAACCACCGGCUGGGGCCCACUCAUGGUGGCCACCCUCAGUGGAAAGGUGGCAGUGGCCCAGCAGCUGGUGGAGAGGGGGACAGACCCUGACAGAGUGAACGUUCUCUCAAAGACUGCGUUUGAGCUGGCGAUGCAGCUGAAACAGAGGGACAUCAAGGCUUACCUAGACGCCAUCACCACCGUGCGGCCUCUGACAGACGAUGACAGGAGAAGACCAGAUGUGUUCAGUGCUCUGAAGUUGGGUAAUUCUCAACUUGUCAAAGAAAUCCUGGAGGAGGAUCCAGCGCAGGUGAAUUUGUCCAAUCAGGAGGGAGCGUCGCCUCUUAUGAUGGCGGCGGUGAGCGGACAGCUGGAGGUGGUGCAGCUGAUGGUGGAGAAGAAGGCCGACAUCGACAAACAGGACUGUGUGCACGGAUGGACCGCGCUCAUGCAGGCCACGUAUCACGGUAAUAAAGACAUCGUCAAGUACCUGUUGAAUCAAGGUGCGGAUGUCAACCUUCGGGCCAAGAAUGGGUACACUGCCUUUGAUCUGGUCAUGCUUCUCAAUGAUCCUGACACUGAAUUGGUCCGUUUGCUGGCGUCAGUCUGCAUGCAAGUGGACAAAGCCAAACACCGGGGAAGAGGCCUGAUGGCGCGCUCCAAAAGCAGACAAUCUCUCAACCAUGUCCCACUGCCUCCAGAUGACAGAGGAGGUCUUAAGUCCUGGUGGAGCAGGAUGUCAAACCGCUUCCGGAGGCUGAAGUUGACCCACACAUUGAGACACGGCCUGUCGUCCAAUCGUCUCGCUCCGUUUCCAGAUGAUGUCAUGCACUCGCUGGACUCAACUAUGAAGGCCAAUAAUAAUUCCACAGCAGACGCUAACGGCUCUGCAGCACCAAGUCCGACUAUCGCAGGGACAGAGUCCAGCGCCAUGUGGGCUGUGAAAACUAAAGACACUGGACCAGGCAGAGAUAAAGAGGACCCCUUAAUAACUACAAUGCUGAGGAGUGGCGCUCCUCUGACGCGGCUCCCGAACGACAAACUGAAAGCGGUCAUCCCUCCGUUUCUGCCGCCGUCCAACUUUGAGGCCUGGAACUCGGACCGGUCCCGUCUGCUUCGAGAGGGCAAGAGCGAAGCCCCCCGCCUGCCCAUGCCCCCCCAGAGGAAGCUCAACAGCAGUGGAAACUCCGACAUUACGUCGAUCAGUCGAGUUGUGAACCGCUCCAUAAAGUUCCCGAACAUCAACAAAGGUCCCUCCUCCACCUCUCCCUCAAACUCAGGACACUACCACUCCCCUCACUCUUCCGGAGGCUCCAACGGUGUCGCAGGGAUCAACCGGGACUCACACAACCGAUCAGGGGGCAGCUCCGACAGUGUUCUCUCUCAGAUUGCAGCUCAAAGGAAAAGAGCAGCAGGUUUAGUUGAAGUGAAGCCUCAAAGUCCUGAGAAAAAUCAGAAUCAGAACCAAAAUCUAAUCCAAAUGCCAUCGACGGCUCCUCCACUGCCCAACAGCAGCACACACCUGCCCGACAUCCACUCCCCCCCACACAUGGUCACGGCCGACGCCAGGAGGAAAAUAGAUUUAAAAAAGAGACCUCAGUCUGGGAACUCCUCCACAUCCAAAAGUACCUCUCCAACCCUCACUCCGUCUCCGUCCCCCACACCGAAGCCUCCGCCCGGGGCUGGAGACUCUCUGUCCUCGGCCUCCUCUCAUCCACGCUCCAAGAGCAGCGGAGGGUCCAGCAGCGGGACCAUCACUGAUGAGGAUGAGCUUUCUAGUAUUCUAAAGAAACUGUCACUGGAGAAGUACCAGCCUAUAUUUGAAGAACAAGAGGUUGACAUGGAGGCGUUCCUGACCUUGAGCGAUGGAGACCUAAAGGAGUUGGGAAUCAAAACAGAUGGCCCUCGACAACAGAUCUUAGCUGCGAUAUCUGAGUUAAACGCGGGAAAGGGCAGAGAAAGGCAGAUUCUUCAAGAAACCAUCCACAACUUCCAGUCCUCGUUCGGAAGCAGUGCCAGCAACUCCCGACAAGCUGCGGAGGCUCGAUCUCCGACUGGCUGGAUGAGACACCAGGUUUGUUCUUCCAACAAAAGUCCGCUCAGUGCAUCCUGGGAGACGCGACUAUUUUUUCAAGUGAAUGACUCCUCAUACAGCUCUAUACUGGAAUUAACCAACAGCAACAAAGCGUUUGGCGCACCUGUCACCUCCACAGAGCGCCGGACCAUCAUGAUUCCUCCUGGAGACUGCAUGUACGCCGGCAGGAAGAGAAGGAAGCCCGUCCAAAAACAGAAGCCUUCCUCUGCCAAUGAGAAGACUAAUCCAUCCAAGAGGCACCGGGACCGGCUGAACGCGGAGCUGGACCGGCUGGCCAACCUGCUCCCCUUCCCCCCAGACGUUAUCUCCAAACUGGACAAGCUCUCCGUGCUGCGCCUGGCCGUGUCCUACCUCCGCGUCAAGAGCUUCUUCCAAGGAAAUCAGGACAAGAGCUCCAGAAAGCACAGCAUCCACUCCAGCCAUGAACCCAGGAAAGAGAGCGUUCCCGUGGGCUCCGUCAACGAGAACAGCCUCCUCCUGGAAUCUCUCACUGGGUUUGCUUUGGUUGUGAGCAGCGAUGGAAUGGUUUUCUACGCCUCCUCGACCAUCGUGGACUAUCUGGGCUUCCAUCAGACGGAUGUGAUGCACCAGAAUGUGUUCGACUACAUCCACAUCGACGACAGGCAGGAGUUCAGACGUCAGCUGCACUGGGCCAUGUGUCCUCCAACUCACCAGGGGGCGCAGGCCAACCAGGACCACCCGCUGCCUACAGUUUCUGGUGAGGAGUACGUGGUGAGCAGCCUGUUCCACUCUCCGGAGACGGGGGGGAUACCUGCGGACAUGACCCCUUUCCUAAACAGAUGUUUCAUUGCCCGAGUCCGCUGUCUGUUGGACAGCACCUCCGGCUUUUUGACCAUGCAGUUCCAAGGCCGUCUGAAGUUCCUCCACGGUCAGAAGAAGAAGUCUGCGUCAGGCGCUCUCCUGCCGCCUCAGCUCGCUCUGUUCUGCAUCGCCGUGCCACUGCUGCUGCCCUCCAUCACCGAGAUGAAGAUGAAGAAUAUGUUACUGAGGGGGAAGACCAAAGGAGGCGGCUUCUCCUCACUGGAGCAUGGUGAGCGCGGGGAGCACCUCAGAAGAUAUCCUGGUGGAAUGGGCGACAUCUCCGACCCUCUGCUCAUGUCCUGCUCCACUCCAGGACCAACCCAGCGAGGCCACCACACGCCCUGGACCCCCGUCUCCAAGGACAUCGUGAAGUACCGUCCCGAUGUCUACUACAACCAAGAAGAGCCUCUCAACUACUGCAAAUCCACCAUGAGCCUCCAAAAAGGGGCGUGGCCUCUGAGAUCUUCCGGUCCAGUACGAGGCGGUUACAUGGCCCCCAAUCGCUUGAAGGGCGGCCAUUUUGGAAAACCGUAUCGCUACGCUCCCAGCUGCCACAACAAUCGCGGCGGCGAAGUCUUCGUCUCCAAGCUUUACGGGAACGUCCAAAUCCCGUCUAAUCCCGAUGCGUAUUGCGUGGAUUUGGUGAAGAGCGAAAACGGUUACGGCGAAUGCUACGACGGUCACAUGAUGCCCGAGAUGCCGCCCAUCAAAGUGGAGCACGAUUCGGAUUCGGAAAACGGCUGCGAUGCGUACGGGCGGCCGUACGAGAACUACGAUCGCCGCUACAACAACAGUGGAAUAUACGACCACAGCAACCUCCAGCUCAAAACGGAGUCCGACUAUUACGAUCCGCAGUAUUCGCCGUGCCAGAGGUCGAAGACAGGCAUCAGUCCGCAGUAUAACAACAAUAACAACUACCAAAACUAUGCAGUAAACAACCGCCUGGCAAAAUGCAACAAGGAAAUGUCCGACAGCCACUUCAGCCCCCAUAGACUCUCCUAUAAUGACUCUCUAUGCAACAACCAGUCUGUUAAUCUCAUGGACAAUCACGUGUACCAAUCUUCUCAGGACUCUCAUAAGCAGUACAUGGACUACAAUAGCAAGCAGAACGGCUAUGAGUAUAAAGGGCACGGUUUGAUUCACUCCAUCAAGCGGGAGCCCAUGGAUUCUCCUCCCUGGUCCGAAAACGACAUGAACCAGUCAAUGAUGAUGGGCCAGAGGAAUCACAUGCCUUGUGUGAUGAGUACAGGGCAGCACAAGUCCGCCCCGUAUGUUUACAUGCCCUAA